UUCGCCGCAACUUCGUAAUCACGUUUCUUGUUCCAUUUUGCUUCCUCCUAUAAUUAUAUAAUAACAUAAACGUUAAAAAAAAAAAAUUACGAAUUUACAAUUGCAAGAUCAAAAACCCCAUUAGACUUUUAGCUUGUUCUCUGGCUGUUUAUGGCUUCUUUCAACGUUUCUUCUCCUUCAACUUCGGCUUUUUCUCGUCCUCGGGCAUCCAAAAGCUUCAGACUCUUGAAUGGAUUACACAGCACAAAUCUAUUCUCUUCAAAUGGCUACGUGUCUGAUUUGGCCUUUAUACGGUUGGGUAGUAGUAGAUCACCCUUUGUUGGCAAAACUAGAGUUGCACUUGUAUCUGGAGAAGGCGACCUCCUGUCCUAUUCUAAUGGAAAUGGUGUGUCAACAAAUGGUAAUCUCUUCAGUGAUAAAUCAGUUGGGAUUGAAGCACAACAAGAUGCAAUAGCAUUUGGAAAUCUUGCAGCAGAUACAGCUCCUAUAAGUAAUGCUUUUCCCAUCGAUAAUGAUGAGUUUGAUUUGGAUCGCCCCACUGAAGGUUUUGCUUCCAUCCCUGAGGCAAUUGAGGACAUUCGCCAGGGCAAGAUGGUAGUGGUUGUAGAUGAUGAGGACAGAGAAAAUGAAGGAGAUCUUAUAAUGGCAGCUCAGUUGGCGACACCUGAAGCUAUGGCCUUUAUUGUGAAGCAUGGAACUGGGAUAGUAUGUGUGAGCAUGCAAGAGGAGGAUCUGGAGAGGUUGCAGCUUCCUUUGAUGGUGAACCAAAGGGAAAAUGAAGAGAAACUCCGCACUGCAUUCACAGUUACAGUGGAUGCAAAACAUGGUACUACAACUGGUGUGUCAGCUCAUGAUAGAGCAACAACAAUAUUGGCCCUUGCUUCUAAAGAUUCCAAACCUGAGGAUUUCAACCGACCGGGUCACAUUUUCCCACUGAAGUACAGGGAAGGUGGUGUUUUAAAAAGAGCUGGGCAUACUGAAGCUUCUGUUGAUCUUGCAAUGCUAGCUGGAUUGGACCCUGUUGCUGUUCUCUGUGAGGUUGUAGAUGAUGAUGGAUCCAUGGCUAGAUUACCAAAGCUUCGUCAAUUUGCUGAGCGGGAGAACUUGAAAAUUAUAUCCAUUGCUGAUUUAAUUAGGUAUAGGCGAAAGAGGGAUAAAUUAGUUGUUCAUGCUGGUGCUGCACAGAUACCCACUAUGUGGGGGCCAUUCAGGGCUUAUUGUUACAGGUCACUAUUAGAUGGGAUUGAGCAUAUAGCAAUGGUUAAGGGUGAGAUUGGAGAUGGGCAAGAUAUUCUUGUGAGGGUUCACUCAGAAUGCCUCACAGGAGACAUAUUUAGAUCUGCUAGAUGUGACUGUGGGAAUCAGCUUGGCCUUGCAAUGAAACAAAUUGAGGCUGCUGGCAGGGGCGUUUUGGUAUACCUUCGUGGGCAUGAAGGCAGGGGCAUUGGUUUGGGCCACAAGCUUCGUGCCUAUAAUCUGCAGGAUGCUGGACGUGAUACGGUAGAAGCAAAUGUGGAGCUUGGGUUGCCCGUUGAUUCAAGAGAAUAUGGCAUUGGUGCACAGAUACUUAGGGGUCUGGGUGUGCGAACAAUGAAACUGAUGACAAACAAUCCUGCUAAAUACAGUGGACUCAAGGGCUAUGGAUUAGCAAUUGCAGGCAGGGUUCCGCUACUAACUCCUAUUACAAAGGAGAAUAAGAGAUACUUGAUGACCAAACGCGCUAAAAUGGGCCACGUUUAUGGCUUAGACUUUAAUGGCAGUUUGAACAGUCUCAUUAUUGGCGGCAAUGGUAACACAACUCCGGUGGAUGCUGCAUCUGAAUCUGAAUCAUAGGAUCUGCUGCUUCCGGCUUGCUUUAGAUGCUGGUAACUCUCCCACUCGAUCCCCUUAUUACAACUGACAUGAUAAUAGGAAGAGAACAUCAUCUCUGAAGUUGGUUAUAGAUACAGAUUAAUGCUUAAAAUUUUAUAUAAAAUUCAAUGUUUACUUUGGCAUGCUAAAGUAAAAUUUUAUGCGGUUUUCCUUUGUAUACCGAGGAAGAGCCAUCCAUUCUUUUUCUAUAGCAUGUAAAUUUGGACAAAGAAAAAACAAAACCAAGCAAGUUCAGUUCUAGAAUUUGGAUUUGCUUGACCAGUUGUUAAGCUUCUAAUAAUGUCAAAUUCGAGUUGUCAUUGUUGUAAUUUCGAUUUUAUAUAAUAAAUGGAAAAGGGGAAAAAAAAAAGCUUUUAGUAUA